UCUGUCAAACUGACCGUUCCCUAUUUCGACUUUUUAUUAGUAUACAAAAUGAAAAUAACCAACAAUAAAUUUAUAUCGUGUAUAAUCAAGUUAAACAAAUCAACUGAGCUUUAUUCUAAUCAUAAUUUGAAUGUGAAACAAAAUUUCCCAAAACUUGAAAGAGUUUAAAGCGAUAUUUAAAGUUCAAAGCCCGUUUUAACAUUACUUAUUUUUUACAAAAAACAAUAAACAAAAUGUAUUCAAGCCUAUUAAAAGAAGCAGAAUUAGGAAACCCAGUGUUACAAAAUGUGCAAAGCAUCUAUACAAAAAAAUUACCUGAAGGACUGCAACCCUCUAAAGAAGAAAAAUAUCCAGAAAUAUCAAUGCGAACAUUUUUCGAUUUUAUGCGAACUGCAUAUCAAGUAAAUGACAGUUUUAGUCAUUUGUCUUCAGUUUUAAAUGCCAAUAGUCAAAUAGAUUGGAAUGCACUAGCAAAAAUAAAUUUAGAUCUAAUCACAGAAGAAAAUACUUCCGAAAAAUUAAAUACUACGCUUAACGAUAAAAGUAUAGAAACCGAUGAAUUAAAACAUUCUCAACCAGGAACAUCCUCCAGUCUUGAGAAAAUCACAUCAUCACGCAGUUCGAGAAAACUAUUUAAAAACAGUCAUAAAAGCAGUCAAAGUCGAGACUCUGAAACACUGUCUUUACCCAGUAUCUCUCAACCCAAUCUUGCUCAAAACAAAGCAUUCGAGACUGAAGAAAAGCACCAAAAAGAGGAGAAAAAGGUCCAAAACGAGGAAUCUAGGAGAAAGAAAAGUUUGCCUGAAACUCGGGGAAGCAAAGAAAUCCUGCUGGCUACAGCAAUGAAACAAAAAUUAAGCUAUGCUCUUCACGAAGGUUUGUUGGAUUCUGUGCUGCCUUACAUGAUACCAAAAUCUGCCUCUUCUCAACCAAUUAUUAAAAAACCUUUAAUGAAUCCUGAUUUAAAAAAAUCUCGAUCGACUGGUAAUGUUGAAUCUAAAACUUCAAUUUCGAUACUAAAGGAUAAAAAUAAUGACAAAAAAAAGGAGCAGAAAAAGGCUUACGAAACUGAGGUAGAAAUUCACGUUUGCGACGAGGCCAAGAACAUCAAAAGGGAUUUUCGUUGUCCUCAAACGCUGCUGGUUCAAAAAAUGUGUUAUUUCGCAGACGUGACUGCUGGUCAAAAAUUAGAAGAAAUGGAUAUAUCCGUCCACUGCGAUAUUGUAAUUUUUGAUUGGUUGAUGCGGUGGGUAAAAAAGGAUAUAAUUAAAAAGUCCGACUGGCCCAUUCUAGAAGCAAGUAAUGUUAUUCCAAUAAUGGUAUCUGCAUCUUUUCUACAAAUGGAACCAUUAUUAGAAAGUUGUUUAACUUAUUGCUACCACAAUAUGUCUGAAGUUCUAAAAACUGCGACAAUCAUGACUUGCCUAAACGACAAUCUUCUCACAAGGCUUGCUAAUUUGUUCAGCAAUGCCGAUGUCGAGAUGAUAAAAGACAGAAAGGAUAAAAUACAAAGUCGCCUAUUUUGCAAGCUGAUAAUGUCACUAGCAGAACCAACCCCAGACAAUAAAAGGGGGCAUUUUAGUUCUCUUGCAACUUUGUUUAAAUGUGGCAAAUGUGGGAAAAAUAUUGUCAGAUCAGUUUCCGAUUCUGUUCCCUGUAUUCCGAGUGCUAUGAGAUUAGAUAGCAAAGGAAAUCUCCAUAGCAAACAUAUUAGGGAUUCUGCUUGGAACUUGAACGAAUAUAUUGUCACACUUCGAACAGAGCUGAGGUCAUGGCGAAAAGUUUACUGGCGACUCUGGGGUGACUGUCAUUUUCUGUCUUGUCUGCAAUGUGGAAAUUAUUUCCCUGUUAACCAAAUAGAUUGGUGUUCUUAUCAUCCUGAAAUCCCACAGUUUUUUGUACUUGAACAACAAAGGGCCACUCCAUUUCCACUGGGAAGAUAUCCUUGCUGUAGCCAAAGGGCCUACAGAUUUGAAGCACUGCCGAAUAAAGAAGGAUGUAGAUUCAGAGAACACUCACCCCUCAUUUCAUCAGAAGAAGAUGAGGGCAUUUCAAACAUUAUCGCAGUUUACCGUGACGUAAUAGUAGUUGAACCACCGCAGUUAUUUUUCCCCGAAAAAAUAACUAGAUUAGCAGCACGAGAGUCGUCAAUUCCACCAGGAAAAUUAGCUUGCAAGGAAACUAUGUGGUGGGAAGGACUCGAAUUAAUGCCACCUAGACCGAAACUUGGCUUACUUGGUAAAAUCUGGGGUGGAUCGGGGCUGAGAAAACCUUGCACACCAUCUCAAAAAGUAUCACGAAAAAUUAGACAAGCUUCACAAGCCACAGAUGCAUCAUCUCCUGCUUCUUCAGAAAGUGACAGUGACGACGAAAACGUUGAAAGUGGAUGUGGAUACAGUACUUUCGAUGAAGAAUCUUUAAGUAGUGAAGAGUCCAACGUUUGGCCUCCUUCUAAGCCAGGGCAAAAAUCUAAACCCCAUCCGGGCAAAAGAAAUUAUGGUGCAGGGUCUUGGAGUGCUAAUUUAACCAUACGUUACAACCAAGACAAUCAAAGGGACUUUGAAGAAAAAGCAGCGGCACAAAUGGUGGCUCUCUUGACGAAAAGAGUAUCUUUUGAGCAUGGAUUAAUGUCAAAAGCAUAUCCACACGGAAAAGUGCACGGAUAUCACUGGAAUAACAAUAUACCGAUAGGUGGAACUUACGUGAAAUUGGAGGCAGAAUUUCGUGAGCAAAUACAAGCUUCCAAGUCGAAAAACUCCACGCAAAAAGGGACGAGAAACAAAUCCGCGAAAACCAACUAGUUUAUACUUCGUUAAUUUGUAUUAUAGUAUAUUGUUUAUCGUUAAAAAAUUUCAUAAAUUGUUGCCAUUCUAUUAAGAACCUUUC